AUGUCCGAUUCAAGCCUUAUAUCCUUCAUUCAACCUUCGCAUCUUGAAAUCGUUGGUCCCACAAAGAAUGUAGCCAACACGGUAGAAGGUCUCUCCCACGAGAGUUGCAUGUUGGGAGCGAGUGCAGAUUUUGCAACCCCAAAACGUAGUAUCACUGUUCACUUCUCUCGUCCCUUUCUUUUUAAAUAUAUUGAAAUGAAACCUCAUAAACAGUUUAAUUGUUGUCAACAACAAUUCAAUGGAAUUGAUAUUUAUUACAAAUCCAUGGAAACGAAUGAAUGGAUUGAAAUUGCUACCGUGAAAGAUGCCAACUCCGAUGAUUAUUUGUAUCGAUUGGAUUUGGGUGAAUUUGGUCUCAUCACUCAAAGUUUCAAAUUAACUCGAUUCCCAAGUGAAAAUGUUUCUGUUGGAAUGAUGAAAUGUUAUGGUCGAGAUGUACUUGUGAAUCAUCAAUAUCAGCAACAACAACAACUACCACCUCCAUCCAUCAUGAGUGCUUGCUCUGCCACAACAACAACCACCACCACCACACCCUCUUCCAACUUGUUCAAUCACAUGCCUACAAGCAACAUUCCAAUAAUGAAUCCAAUGAUCAUGAACACAUCUCAUGUUACACCUCAACAAUACCCUCCAACCAUAUCAUCGUCGCCUUAUGGUCAUAUCCAUAACCCCAUGGUGUACAACAACCACUCGUCGUAUGGUGUCGUCAAUCAUCAACCAUCUUUACACCAAACUCAGCCACAAGGGUUCAUGCAGUACGGUCACAGAACUACAACCAGUAUGGGUAUGAUGAAUAAUCCUUAUUAUCCUCAACAACAACCACAAUAUCAACCUUACCCUCCUUAUCAAUGA